AUGCCGUCGGUAUUGAGCGACGACGAUAAGGAGACCGUCAAGCGCUUCGUCCCCAAGCAAACGAACAAGAUCCAGGCCGUAGCUGUCGCCAGGCUAUACGUUGCGUACCCGAACCCCGGAAAAUGGACCAACACUGGGAUUCAGGGCGCCAUCGUCCUGUCAAAUGACCUGGUGGGCAACACAUACUGGCUAAAGAUGGUGGAUAUCUCGUCUGGAAACCGCGGUGUCAUCUGGGACCAGGAGAUAUUCGAGACGUGGAGCUACAACCAAGACCGCACUUAUUUCCACAGUUUCGAAAUCGAAGAGUGCCUCGCUGGCCUAUCCUUUGUCGACGAGAAGGAAGCGAAGCAAUUCAAGAAGAAGAUGGACGACAGAGAAAAAAACGCAAGUAGAGCCACAAGAUCGACUCCGUUUGGAGGAGCUGCCCAGCAUUCAGGACACAAACACGGCUUGCUUGGAGGUCUCUUCGGCAGCCGGCACGCAUCGGCACCUACCCCUCCAGACUCUCCGCGAUCGAACUUGCCCCACGGCCGAAUGCCAUCUCUGGGGAACGUUAAUGGCCACAACUCCUCGGAAUUCGCUGUUCUUGAUGCUUUUGAUCCUCAUUGGCGGGAGAACUUUGGAGAAGACCUGCGAGACAAGGGUUUGACGGACGACUUCAUCAAGGAGAACCAAGAGUUUAUUGUUGAAUUCUUGAAGGAAGAGCAGGAGAAGCUAAUGGCUGGUGCCCGAAGUCAUGCUCCCCCUCCCCCUCCCCCUCCACCAGCACCCCAUUCAAACGGCAUCGAACCUCGAAACGCGCGCGCCCCUCCCCCCCCGCCGCCUCCAGGGGGAGGGCAUUCGGACAGUUCACGGGUACCGCCCCCUCCGCCUGCCCCCAGACGUGGCGCUGCUCCUGCUCCUCCACCCGCGAGGAGAUCUGGUAAAACAGAGCCGCCCGCUGUUAACAGAGAACCGACACCCCCCAGCGAGCCUGCUGCGCCAGAGCCCCCGAAGAAUCGAUUCGCUGUGCCGCCGCCGUUACCAGAUGCUGGCAAGCUUGCCCAUGCUCUAGGAGGAUCAGUCAACUCUAUUCGCGGGCCCGCAAACCCUGGCCCGCCUCCCCCACCGCGGCCGCCGAAGACGCCUAUGCAAGAAGAGGAGAGGCCUGCCGGUCACAGGUUUGGAGUACCGCCCGCCUUCUCCGGUUCUCGCCAACCCCCGCCAACCCCGAGCCGGGGGCCUGUUCCGCCGCCGCCUCCUCCUCGUGCAGAUGCUGGCCCGCCACUUCCUCCCAAAGCUCCAGCAUCGGAGGCGCCUCCGUUGCCGCCCCCAUCUUCACGGCCUGUGCCGCCGCCUCCCGCAGCCGGCAACCCUCCGCCUCCCCCUCCGUUUCCAUCAUCGAGCGCCCCUCCGCCGCCUCCUCUACCUACCUCCCCGCCGCCUUUGCCGACAUCAAAUGCGCCUCCGCCACCGCCGUUGCCAUCAUCGAACGCUCCUCCAGCACCUCCUUUGCCCCCAUCAUCGAACGCUCCCCCUGCUCCGCCUCCACCGCCUCCAGGAGCGGGAGCUCCUCCCCCGCCGCCUCCUCCACCCCCAGGUGCUCUGGGUGGACCCCCUCCGCCUCCUCCCAUGCCCAACCGAGACUCUGGCUACUCAUCUGGUGUCCCAGUGCCUGCUCCAGAUUCUUCGCGCUCGGCUGUUCUAGGCGAUAUUCAGAAGGCUGGUGGUAUCAGAGCCUUAAAGAAGGUUGACAGAACCCAGAUCCGCGACAGAAGCGGUGCGGCGGUUGGUGGCAGCAGCGACACGGGGCCGCAUGGUAGUGGACUGCCUCCGUCUGGCGUCGCGCCGGGUGGCGGUGGUGACAUGGCCAACGCGCUGGCCGCUGCGUUGCAGAAGAGAAAGGAGAAGGUCAGCAGAAGUGGUAAGUCAAAGUCAAAGUCAGAUCUGUUUGUGUGCGAAGCUAAUGUCUCGACAGACGACGAAAGAAGUGACAACGACGACUGGUGA